AUGAAUGUGCCCUUUGUAGAUCAGCAGUCACACGAGGAGAAAGUUGGCCCUCUUGCACAGAACAAAGGCUGCUGUGCCUACGUUACGCCUGAUGGUCAGGAGCACUUCGUGCCUGCAGGCUCUCUCCGUAAAAAGAAGCUGGCAAAAAGACCUGGAUACAUGAGGCCAGAAGCUCAGCGACAGAUAGAUUUUCAGUCCCCAAGUGCCUGCAAACCUUUCGGCCCAGAAGAGCUCAGACAUGGCAAGCAGCAUUGUGAACACGAGAGCUGCUCUCUGCACAGACAACGCCAAAAUAACCUUGAUUUCUUAUGCUGUAGUUCAGUGAGUAGUUCUGUAGUUCCUGCUAAUGGGGUAGCAAUGUUGUCCACUACUGGAAAUAUGCCAGGAUGCCACAAAAAUAUUUCAUGUUGCAAGAGCCUAUGGUCAGACAACACAGCGGUAAUGGUUUACUCUACUGCAGCAACAAGCAAAGGAGAUGUUUCUGCUGUAUGCUGUACGCAGCAGAAAAGUGACAGUGCUAAAGUGAGCCAGCCCACAAACAUGUGUGCUUUGGAUCAGACAGAAGUAAAUAACAACUGUGAAUAUCCAAUCAGAGAUGUCAUUUCUCGUUCUGUUGGUGCACAUGAUAGCUUUAGUUCAAAUUUCAGUUUCAUACAGCUCUCGCUCAACUUGGCAUCUGGAGUAAGAGAUGCUGAAGGCAAAUCAGCCGUUGAGGAAACUGAGUGUGUUCGAUAUUCCAGCACUGCAGGAAAUCUGCAGAAGCCAGAAGAGAUGAUGCACACUCAUGAGCACUUGGGAGCUUUACAUUGCUUCUCCAGGCCCUGUGAGGAUUUGGAGUAUGAAAAUGAGACCACAGUGAAUGGUAAACUGCAGGACUGUGAGACUGUCUCUCUCUCAGAUACAGAUGCAACAUAUUCAUAUUCUACAGAUUCCUCGGAUGCAGCAUCUGCUGGCUCUUCUGUUACUUCAGGCUAUGAAAGUAGUUUCACUGUUAGUGACCAUAGCUGGGAUACUUUGAUAAAAAAAUAUGAACCGGUGCUACAGGACUGCCUGCUUGGCAACCGUAGUACGUUAAAGAUAAAAUCAUUGAUCUUACGGCUUCAGAGGCUUCAGGAAAAAGCAGUAGAGGAAGAUGAUUAUGACAGAGCUGAUAAAUUUAGACAGAAACUGGAAGAACUGGAGAAAGAGAAAAAUUCUUUAAAAUUUCAGCUUCCUUCAAGGCAUCCUUCAGUUAGCAGUUUUUUGGAUCGGUUUGUUACCCAAGUUCAAGCAGCGUUGCACUGGGCUGCUGAUCAUCGGGUUAGAAAUGAAGAAAUGCAACUUUGGCAUGAAAACGAUCAUAAACUUUUGAGAUCUACUUAUCAGGAGAGGAUGCAGGUUUCAGCCACAAAACGAAACCAGCUUUUUCAAGAAAAGAAAUGGCUACAGAAAGAAAUUGAAGACCUCCGAGCAAGACUGACCAUAUUGGAAGCAAAAGAUCAACAGCUAAGAAGAGAAAUUGAAGAACAAGAUAGGCUUAUUCAGUCACAGGACUGCGAGCUGGCUGCUUUACUUGGCUGUGUUUCUUUGAGAGAACUACAGGAAAUAAGCAAGGCUGUGGAUGACACUUUAGCAUUGUCCUAUCAAAUUCCAUUCAGUCUGGAUCUUCCAGGGACAGUAAAGAGCCUUCAGGAAAAAGAACAGUCAUUCAGCAUGUCCAUUAAAGAAACUACUGCCAAAGUUUGCACGAGUCAGAAACUUUGCAGUACUUUGAGGAGGAAAGUGAGUGAUAUUGAGACUCAACUACCAGCUCUACUUGAAGCCAAAAUGCUGGCUGUUUCAGGUAAUAAUUUUGGUACUGCAAAGGACCUAGCAGAAGAAAUAAGAUCAUUAACAUCAGAGAAGGAGGGGCUGGAAGGACUUCUCAAUGAACUGUUGGAUCUGAGUGCCAGAAAUGUCCGAAAACUAGAGAGAAUCAAAGAUGAUUACACCAGACUGAAACAAGAACUUGAACAAGGAGAGACUGCCUUUGGUAAGUAG